UGUACCGGUAUCACUACGGCCCCUAUAUGUUGCUGCAUCAACAUCUGGAUGGAAUUUAUAUGUCAAACAACAUAUAAAUAAAUAUCUGUUUUUCAAUAUACUGACGAUAUCGAAAUAUCGUUUUUUUAAUAAGUAAUACAAAAUUUAUAUUCGAACAAAACUUGUGAAAUGCUUCGGCAAUUACUGACCCAGGGUUCGCGUCGGACGAUGUUGCGAAUGCGGAUAUUUUCUUCCAAAGUUACAACUGGGGAUGACACAGAUAAAGGAAAGGUGUUGAAUAAUGCCGAUGUUCCAAUCAUCGAUUAUGAUGAUCCAGAUUAUCUACCGCUUCCGGAGUAUCCUAUGCGACCAGAUGAGCCACUGCAAGUGCGGAAACAACGCCUUAUUUAUCAAUCUCGAAAGCGUGGUAUGCUGGAAAAUGAUUUGAUACUAAGUACAUUUGUUGCACGUUACUUGAAAGAUAUGGACGCUACACUCACAGCACAAUAUGAUCAAUUAAUUAAUGGCGUAACAAAUGAUUGGGACAUAUACUACUGGGCCACCAAUGUUAAGCCAACACCACCGGAACAUGAUAAUGAUGUUAUGCGCUUACUUAAGGAACAUGUGGCGAAUUCGAAACGCGAACAACGCCUGUGCCAGCCGAAUUUGUAAAAUCAUACUAAUGUUAUUGUUAUGAAAUUAGUUUUUAUUUUCUGUUGCUUAUGCACUACUAGUUGUUAACAAAUAUUUUCAAACAAAUAAAAUAAUCGCGUACUUACUUACGAAGUUAUCCUAA